AUGGACAAAGUCAUACUUGACGAAAGAUUAAAAGAAAUCUCAAAAUAUAAUAUGAAAAUUUAUAAUUGGUCUAAAACUGCAUAUUGUACUCCAGAAUUAUAUUUUGAACCGGAAUUUGAAAAUGAUAUCGUAAAGAUAAUUGAACUUGCCAAGCGAAACAAUAAAAAUGUUAGAGCGAUUGGUAUGGCUCAUUCACCUUCAGAUCUACCAUUUUCUGAUGAGUAUUUAAUUAGUAUGAAUAAAUUAAAUAGAGUCAUUGAGGUUGAUCCGGAAGCAAUGACUAUAACUGUAGAAGCUGGAAUGAAAAUAUCACAAUUAAAUGAAGAACUUGUAAAGCAUGGGUUGGCAUUGAGUAAUUUAUUGUCUAUAUCUGACUUAACUAUUGCUGGUAUGAUUUCUACUGCGAGUCAUGGAACUGGGAUUAACUUUGGAUGCCUUAGCACACAGAUUAAAUCUUUAACAUUGCUUACUGAUUCUUGUGGUAAAAUGUAUUGUUCGGAAACCAUGAAUUCUGAUGUUUUCAAGGCCGCUUUAUGCAGUUUAGGUGCAUUGGGAAUCAUUACACAAGUUACAAUUCAAUGUGAAAAUGCGUUCCUCCUUGAAGCAAAUCAAACUCCGGCAAAAUUAAAUUACGUUCUAGAUAAUUUAGAUGUUAUUGUUCAUUCGGCUGAACAUGUAAAGCUUUGGUGGUUUCCACAUACUGAUGAUUGCAUUAUUUGGAAAGCAAAUCGUACAAACAAAAAUUCAUCUCCACAAAAAAUAUCUUACAUUCGUGAUAUCUUGUUCGGAUUUUAUCUUCAUCAAUUGUUCCUUUAUUUUUCUCGUUUCCAAUCCUCAAUAGUUCCAAAAAUUAAUCAAUUAAUAUUCUCUCUUACUUUCUCAAAACCCAUUCAUGCUAUUGAUGAUUCUUAUAAAAUUUUCACUUUCGAUUGUUUAUUUCCUCAAUAUGUAAAUGAGUGGGCAAUACCAAUAGAGAAUUCGAUUUAUGCUAUAAGGGAUUUGAAACGAUGGAUAGAAACGACUGGAACAAAAGCUCAUCUUCCCGUUGAAAUUAGAUUUGUUGAUCAAGAUGAUAUUUGGUUAAGUCCAUCUUAUGGUAGAAAAGUUUGUUAUAUUGGAAUUAUCAUAUAUAGGCCAUAUUAUCAAUCUUUACCUUAUAAAAAGUAUUGGGCUGGAUAUGAAAGUAUAAUGAGAUCUUAUGAAGGACGACCUCAUUGGGCAAAGAAAAGUACGAUGUUCAAACAUGAACUUGAAAAGGCAUAUCCAAAAUUACAAUCUUUUAUAAAACUUCAAAAACAGUUAGAUCCCACUGGAUUAUUCUUAAAUCCUUAUUUAAAGAGGCAUUUUUUUGGAGAGAACGUUGAUUUAAAAAAUCUUCAAUCAAAACUAGCUAACGAGACUGAAUUAGGUGACGAUGAAAAAUUAAGGAUUAUGCGUCAAACACUAGAUGAUCCUGCUUUGUUUUUAUCAAAGUGGGGAAGAUUUCUCGAAAAAGAGCAAUUGAUGUUUUUUGAUAGACUCAGAGAUGAUUAUGAAGUAAAUUGGCAUUUAAAUAACCUUCAAUCAAGAACUUCGUCUUCUUCAACAUUAGCUGCAUCUCGUAAUAUUAAUCCGACAGCUCGUCACAAUAAACAAAUUUUAAACAGAAGAUAUAGAUACUUAAUCACUAAACUUGAUGAUACUUCAUACUUUAGUGAUGAAGCAAUGGAACAAAGAGAACCAUUAUUAUAUCAAGAUUAUGUGGGACAAUAUACUUCACAAGAAGAGAAAUAUCCACCUUUUGCUGAUGAUGUUGAUUUAGUUGAUCGGAUUUUGUAUGAUAUUGAUAUUGAUAAUCUGUCAGUGCAAAAUGGAAAUUAUGUAAAUACCGGGAAUGGUCAAUCCAGUACAACAAUAAUAGAUAGUUCACCAAGAAAUGGUUCUAUUAGCAUUAAUGCAGCCAAUGAUGUAGAAGAAGAAGUGCAACAAAAUUCCACUGUAGCAUCUAUGGACCAACGCAUACAAAUAUCAGAUGAGGAAAGAGAACAGUUGAGAGCCGAUCUUGUUGAUAUUAUGAGAGAAAGGUUUUUUGGUGGAAACGACCCAGAUUUCGAUUAUGACGCAGUGGAUUUUAAUGAAGAGUACGAUGACAUUAAUGUUGAAGAACAAGAAAUCCAUGAUAAAUAUUUUGAUAACGAAGAUCCAGAUGUUCUGGAUAGUGGAACCGGCAUUUUGGAUUAUUGA